UGCCUUCAGUUCUGCUUUAUCAUAAGCACUAAUCCAUAUAUGUCGCUGCAGCCUUUACGCACGGUCAACGUGCGUAACUGGUGGCAGACGGGAGACAGCAGCGCAAACAUGCAAUCUUCAUUAUUAGCAAUGGGACGCAGCUUUGGGGUACCCACUCCAGUUUCCUCCGCCUGGAAAUCAGGGUAUCCACAGCUGUCUAACUGGUCCGUGCAAGACAGAGAUAACGGAACGCCUCUUGGUGAGCUGGAAACGUUCGACAACCGGCGUGCGCAAUAUGGACAGUUUUCUCAAACAACAUCUGUAUUUUUGACCGUGCUUAUGACACUCUUAGUCUUCGCAACAGUUCUUGGCAAUGCGCUUGUCAUUUUGGCCUUUGUAGUAGAAAAAAGUUUGCGCACCCAAGGCAACUUUUUCUUUUUAAAUUUGGCCAUAGCGGAUUUUCUGGUCGGAGGGUUUUGCAUCCCAGUGUACAUUCCCUAUGUAUUGACGGGGGAAUGGAGACUAGGCAGAGGUCUCUGUAAACUCUGGCUGGUGGUGGAUUACAUGCUAUGCACAGCCUCGGUCUUUAACAUCGUUCUCAUCAGCUUCGACAGGUUUCUGUCCGUCACAAGAGCGGUUAGUUACCGCUGCCAAAAAGGCGUAACUCGUGAGGCUGUUUUGAAGAUGCUGUGCGUUUGGCUCGCAGCUUUCCUGCUCUACGGGCCAGCGAUUAUCAGCUGGGAGCAUAUCGCCGGACGAAGCGUGGUACCAAACGGAGAGUGCUAUGCAGAGUUCUAUUUCAACUGGUACUUUCUGAUGACUGCUUCCACUGUUGAGUUUUUCACGCCUUUCAUAAGUGUCACAUAUUUCAACCUUAGCAUUUACAUCAACAUUCGCAACCGGUGUGUAGUGAGAGAGGAGCAGUCGACCUGUGUGCGCGUCCGGAGUUGUGAGGUGAAGCCGUUCGGAGCGCCGGACGUGCAACGCGUUUUCUUCGUAAGGCCAGCCGAAGCAAGCAGCGUUGUAGAUAUACAUUCAAGAUCUAAGUGCUGUCGAUUAUCCAACGGCAAAAUUUCAUCAACUGAGGCAGACAACCCCGGCCGGCUGAACCGAAGGAUCAGCGCUAUACCGGACCUUUCACCGCUGCAGGUUGGGGACAUAGUGCAUACCACCAACGAGACACGAUUACACUACGCGGAUCAUCCGUGUGGCGUGCAUCGAAACCGUCACGACAUGUCCACCACCCUGGCCAACCGCUUUCGCCUUUCCAGGGACAAGAAAGUAGCAAAGUCUCUGGCGGUAAUAGUCUGCGUGUUUGGUCUGUGCUGGGCCCCAUACACACUGCUAAUGAUAAUCCGCGCGGCAUGUCACGGACAGUGCGUACAGCACUAUUUGUACGAGAUAUCAUUUUGGCUUCUGUGGGUUAACUCCUCCAUCAAUCCUGUCCUGUAUCCUCUAUGCCACACCAGCUUCAGAAGAGCGUUCAGCAAAUUACUCUGCCCGAGUAAAAUAAAAAUCCAACCCCAUUACGUGGAUCAAAAAUACUAACAGGCAGUCAAACAAGACGGAGCUCUGUGAGGUGUUCAUUUUUGACUUUUGCGCAACGAUGUUUACUUAUCUCUUCUCAGUAUUUGAUUUGUGGAAACGCUGUUUAUUUUCGUCAGUUUUGUGAACUUGAAAAACAGUCGUAAAAUGUAAUCUUUGACUUUGUGUACGUUUAACAUGUUUUUUUUUCUUUCUUAUAUCUCGUCAAAUGUUACCGCGUCCUUCUGUCUUGUAGCCUGGCAAAUUGAUACACAGUUUCCAGAAAAUGUGUAUUUUCUCAACUAAUUUUAAGAAAGGUGGUGAGUGUUUAUAUGACGAUAUAAAGUCUUUAGGAUCAAA